UUCACGCUUGCUUGCUCUUUGAAGUUAUGACUUUAGGAUUGGUCAAAAGGGAAACGGCAUAACAAGAUACUAGACAGGACACGGACACUCCACUCUUGUCGUCGAUUAGGAUUAACAUGGGCUUUAAAGUGCUACUCUUGGUUUCUUUGUUGCUAGCUGUCGUCGAAAGUCAGACAACGACUUUGUCCACCUUAUCGGAUGUCGGAGAGAGUACCGAAAAGGAAUCGAACAGAGCAGACACGGUUAAAGCGAAACUUUCUGAAUCUGCAGAUAAGUAUAAGGCAUCUGACUUCCUAGAAGCUAAAGAGAGACAGAUAAAGAAGGAGGAAAAUGAUAUUUUACCUCCCGAAGUGAUCGAAGCCUUGAUAGAAGAAAAGUUAGUAAUUGACGAAGAUUUCACCGAUGCCAUCGCAAAGAAUGAUGAGAGAAAUGGUGAUGACGGUCAGAGUAUCGACAGAGAUGAUUAUUCUCCUGAUGCAGUAAAUGGCAAGACCCUUCCUAAUUCUAAUAUCGUCAAAGUCAGAAGACAGGGGGAUUUUGCUCCAGAAUUUGGACAGAGGCAAGCUAGACCUACCGAGCAGUUAAAUUCGAGAGAACAGAGAAAAAGAAAUCAUCCUAUUCACAACCCACAUCCUUUACGAGCAGAACGAAGGAUGAGAACAAGAACCGAUAGUACACCGUUACUGCAACUGACUCAAGGAGGAUACCAGAGGCCCUACCAGAACUCUGGAAGAUCAAACGAUCGUGAGCAGGGUACGAGAUCAGAAAGCACAGAAAAAAUUGAAACUUCGGGUGAGAAGGCAACUGAGGAAAGACCAGUAGAAAGACAAGUAGCACCACAAGUUACUUAUACAAACUCAUACCAACCACAACAGUUUAGUUUUGGGCAAGGACCUAUUCUUCGUCCUGCGUUUGGAUCGCUUCCCAGAAGCUUCCUGAACGCAAAUGGUAUUAUUCCUGCUACUGCUCAGAACAGUGUAUUUAAUGCUCCACCCAAUCCAUUCUUAGAUUUCACAACAGCUAAUUUCCAGGCUCAAUUUCCAAGUGCCAAUGAUGUAGGGGCAUAUCCAUCGUUAGUUAGAGAUCCAAAUAGUAUUUCUUUAUUUCAAGCAGUUCCUAGAAACGUAUUCCCAAAUCCUGGAUUUCUGUUUCAAAAUAAUCCUCAGUUCGCCGCUCCUCAACCUGUUAUGAUAAAUCCUCAGAGAUCUCUUCCUUUACCAGACAGCAAUCUCCAAAGUUAUCCUAAUUUUGAAACAGUCGAAGAUGCAUCCAGACCUGACUAUGCAGCGUAUUUCAGAAAUCCUACGUCCAAUCCUCAAUUACAAGCAACUCCAACCUUUUUUGCAACUAGCCAAAACCCUGCAGGGAAUAUGUACAAUAAUCCACCUAUAAGUUUACUAUCAAAUUUCCAGAGCACCGAGAAUGCCGCACCAUUUUCGUCAAGAUAUCUAAGGUACCCUAUGUCAGAUGUUGAAGUACUGCCACAAAUCAACGUGCAGAGUGGAAGACCACAACAGCAGUCUCAAGACAGCAGUCAAGAUGAUAGAAAAAUCAAUGAUUCAGAACAAAUUAACCAAACUUUGAACAUAGACGAUCAAGGUACUUUUAAAUUCGGGGCUCGUCUUCAAACCAAAGAUCAGAACGAAGCUCCGAAACAAAAUGAAGCUCAAGUGCAAAAUAAUGUUUAUAUCAGGUACCCCACUAACGAAGCAGGCUACGCGACAGAAGAAAUUCUUCCUUCAGGUAAUAUAACCGAAGAAGAUGCAAAGAAUCGCGCUGUAACUCAGGUUUCGUCUGUACCUUUCAUAGUCAGACCACGGCAGUUUGGUCUUUCCAGAAGCAGAGAUCCGUACAGAGAUGCUCUAAAUGCCGUUCAUCAGGCUAUUCCACGCGUAAACGGAGCCAACGAUGCAGAUGCCAACGGAACAUAUGAAUUUCCCACAGAGCAGUUCGUGCGAAAUAGGCCACUGCAGUUCGAUUAUCCGCAAAUGGCUGUCGAACCUCCAGCUCAAGUAUUUGCCACAUAUCCAGAUAGAAGCCAAGAUGGAGGAACGUUUCCAAACAUGCGCUUUUAUCCAAGUGAUGGUGCCCGAAUUCCGUUUGACCAACUUGCAACUUUGCCAGAAAACAGUCUUCGAUUCUUAGAUCCACAAACUGGGCGACAAAGGAAUGCCAAAGAAGAAGAUAAAAUACCGCGGUGUGCUCAGAAGAACAACGCUUCCUUGUGUUUUGAAGAUGAAGAUUAUCCAAAGCGAGAACUUAUGUACGUUUUGAAUUCUGAUUCCUUCUUGCUGGAACGUUUGGUAAUGCCUGACCAACAGCUGGAGAAGAUAAAUCUUAUAGGGCAAAAUAGCUCCGAAGAAGACACUAAAACUGAAGAAAACUAUAUUUGUAAAUCAGAUAUCAAGUAUGGAACGCCGCUAAGAGCCAAAAAUGUCUUGGGAAAAUGGAAAGUCAUCGUUAACAUGGAGAGAGCUAUAGGAAGAGGAAGGUUCAUCCAGCCGGUAAGACUGGAAGUUUGCAGGGAAAGUGGAGAACCAUGCAGUUACACAGAUAACAGGAUAAAGACUACUUGCGUUCAGAAAUUUACUUUGCAGCGCUUCUUAUCCUGGAGUCCUGAACGAGGUGUUCACAAUGAUGUAUAUAAGCUCCCUGUAGCAUGUUCCUGCCAGAUUGUUGAAGAAAUUGAAGCUUGAAGCAAUGAUGUCACACUUGGACAUCCUGAGUGACAAAUCACUGUGCAAUCCAUUGUUGUCACUUUGAAGCAUGUUAAAUAUGUUCAAAUAUUGUUUUGUUAAAAGUGUUGAAACACUAAUACAACAUUUUUGUGGUGCGUUAGAUAACUUAUCAAAAUUCUGUAAGUUUUGUGUUAAAUCGUGAUAAUUCUCCAUUUCUUUGCUAUAUAGAACACUUUGAAUAAGUUGACAGAAAUUAUAUAUGAAAAUUCAAACGUGAAAUGUUUUGAAAAAUAUAUGUGUCAAGUAUAAACUUGGGUUGCCAAUCAUAAAAUAUCUGCAGGAAAAUCUUGCUCGUUUAAAUGAUUUAAACUUUCUGAGACAGUUCGUAGCGAUUAAAUUCAUCAAGAAAAGAAUACAUAUCUUCAAAUGUAAACUUUUCUUCUUUUGAAAGAGCUAAAACUGUAUAUUCAAGAGAGAUCGUGUUUUAUAAGGGUUUUUUUUUUAAAUAAGAUGAACAAAAUAAUUCAAAAUAUCUAGUCUGUGUAUCUAUUGGUAUGGUUCAAAAGUUUCUGAAUUUGUAUACACAGUAUAUUGGUUAAUAAACUGUACUUUAUGUACCUUGC